GUCACUUCCGAGCACGCUUUCGUUCCGCGUUUGCCCGACUUCCGCCAGUGCUGCCCGGCUAGCUGCUGGUCCAGAGGGAGGAUGACCUCGCUCAGAGCCUUCACCUGUGAUGACCUCUUUCGGUUCAACAACAUAAAUUUGGAUCCUCUCACAGAAACUUAUGGGAUCCCUUUUUACUUACAGUACCUGGCACACUGGCCCGAAUACUUCAUUGUUGCCGAGGCGCCUGGUGGAGAACUUAUGGGUUACAUAAUGGGGAAAGCUGAAGGAUCUGUGGCCAGAGAGGAGUGGCAUGGCCACGUCACAGCACUUUCUGUGGCUCCUGAAUUCCGGCGUCUUGGUUUAGCUGCUAAACUCAUGGAGCUCCUGGAAGAAAUAUCUGAAAGGAAAGGAGGGUUCUUUGUGGAUCUUUUCGUCAGAGUGUCCAAUCAGGUUGCAGUUAACAUGUACAGACAGCUGGGUUACAGUGUGUACAGGACCGUGAUCGAGUAUUAUUCAGCCAGCAAUGGGGAGCCGGAUGAGGACGCCUAUGACAUGAGAAAGGCACUUUCCAGAGACACAGAGAAGAAGUCAAUCAUACCGCUGCCGCACCCAGUCAGGCCGGAGGACAUUGAAUAACCUUAGCUAUGGUUCUUGGGCAAAGUAGUCUUGAUCAGAUUUGCAUAUUCUGUAUAUUUAGCACAAUACUAAAUUUAGUCCUGUAGGAUUUAAGCAAACUGCUAGGAAUAUUUUAUGCCAUGUUCUCCAAAACCAUGUCAUUACACUUUUUAUGGACAUGUGCACGGUAAAGCUGGCCAUACACUUUAGAUAGAUGUAGGCUGAACACUCGUUCGGUCAAUAGCUAUCUCUUCUGACCCUGACUACCCUAUACAUGCACGCUUGGCUGAGGCUGCGUGUAUUGUGAAUGGGGAGAAAGCCGCUGCCAGGCACCCCUUGAAGUCACUUAUCUCCCCAGAGAACAAAAAAUUUUAGAAUGUGGUCAUUCAUCACGUUCUAUCCUACUUUUCCCAGACAUCUGCUGUCUGGGGAUAAGACGCCUCCAUAAACAUUAGGGGAUGACCCAGUCCCACUGAAAUUGGCAGUUCUCUUCUCUUAAAGGGGUUGUCUCAUCUUAGAUAUUGUCAGAUAGGUGCAGAACAGGACCCAAGUGAGCGGAGACAAGCCGCCCUCAUUUAAUUUCAAUGGCACUGCCGACUGCUGUCUCUAGCAGUCUUAUAGAAGUUCAUGGAGCGGUGGCUGCACUUGCUUAAUGCACUCUCCAUUCACUUCCAUGGGAUCUGCCAAAAUAGCAGAGCUCGCUCACUCAGCCACAUUGAGAAUUCUAUUAGAAACUAAUGGAGAGCACGUUGCGCAUGCGCGGUGAGGUCUUCUUCACUUCGGGGGCCUGUUCUGGAGAUAGUUGCAGAUCUCUGAGGUGGGACCUGCACGUAGCUGACUCCUAGUGAUAUGCCAUCAAAGUCUGAUAUGAUACCACCCCUUCCAUCUUUAUUCUGGUUUUGAUCUGUUGUCAGUUAUGUCCUACUUGUGAUAUUUUGGUUUAUCACCCGACUAACCACAGAUUAUUAGUUAAGAACUUUUAUACUGUCAGACUUGUCCCCCUAGCUAAGAAUCAUCAUUUUCUCUCCUCUCCCCACCAGUUCUGAUAGUAGAUUUAUCUAUAACUCACAGACAGAUUUAUGACUCUGGAACAGAUCCCAUUAGAGGAAAGCAUGAACUAUUCCAUUAGCGACAUGCUAUUCUGCUGCAAGGCCGAACCAAGACCUCACUUAGGUUCUUCUCUGCGGUUUUAAAGUUUGUGAUAAAGCUUUUUUCUUUAAAUCUGAUUUAUUGUAUGAAAGGUGUUUUUAAAGAGAACCUGUCACUCGGGAACCUUCUGGUGCAAUCUAGUUAAAUAUUAGUAUAAGGAAUAACUGAUCAGUAGGUGUCUGCUGGUUCCCCCUUUGAUCCCAAGAACUCUUUCCACCCACCCGGAUGGAGCAGCAAGUCAAGCUUGCGCCAUUAAUUCUGUGGGACUGCCGGAGACAACAGAGUACAGCGCUCUGCUCUUUUCGGUAGUCCCAUAGAUCAGGGAUGCUCAACCUGCGGCCCUCCAGCAAAACUACAACUCUCAGCAUGCCUGGACAGCCUACAGCUAUUAGGGCAUGCUGGGAGUUGUCGUUUAGCAACAGCUGGAGGGCCAUAGGUUGAGCAUCCCUGCCAUAGAUAAUGAAGGGAGCGAGAGGGUGCAUGCCGACCUGACGCUUCAAGAUGGGGGAUCUGGCCUCCAUUCCUAGAAUUGGUGGAGGUCACAGCAGUCUGACCCCCUAUCCUGUGUAUAGGGAAUACUUUUAAAACGUAGCAUAGCUCCUUUAAAGGGGUUUUCCAUUCUUCCAGGGAGCGCUGUUCCAACACACAGGAAGUAGCUCAAAAUAUUUGCUCAGUCAAUCACUGGCCUCAGUGGGGACCCACUUUCCAAAUUUUUUGUCUGUGUCUAGCCGGAGUGAAAUGGACGGCAGGAGGGGAUUGGUGAGGUAACGCUUUUUUUUUUCCUAUUUAAAAAAAAAAUGUCCCACCUGGAAACACUAUUUAAAGGGGAUGACCAGGAUUAGAAAAAAGUUGCCUCUGGUAUUGCAGUCCAGACACAGCCAGUGGUGGAGCAGUGCUGUGUUGGGGAGACGAGAAGAUACAUUGGUUUUAGUAGCAGCAGGAGUCAUGGGAUUAUUACUGCAUCAUGUAACUCAGUGACAGAUCCUCUUUAAUGUAGAGCAAAUCAUUGCUCCUAAAACCUCCGUAUACAAACAGUUUGUACUGUGAAUCUGUAUAGUUUACCUCGGCCAUUAUCUAGUUAUUACCGACAGCUCCACAGACCUGCUGCACUCAUAGGGAGCCUGUCAGUAUUAAUAUAGCCGGGACUUUGCCCAAGAACCUUCUGUGUGUGUGUGUGUGUAUGUAUAUAUAUAUAUAUAUUGCUCCAGUCUGCCAGGCAGCUGUAAUAAUGUGCUGCGAUAUGCUCCGCGUCUAGGAGCUAAUGAUGCUGUAAAAAGCUGAUCUGAACAAUGGAUGGAAUAAAAUGUGCUGCUGUUCUAGAGACUAUA